AUGCAGGUUGCUGGGUGCCCAGAGUCCUCCAACAAUGGACGCUACGCCUUCCCCACUGACAUGGGUGCUAAACUGUCCCAAUGGCAUCCAGCCCACACUACCUUUCCUGAGCAACUGCCUGUGCUCCAUAUGCUCUUAACUGUGUACUCCAUGAUCUGUGCUGUAGGGCUGAUUGGCAACAUGACUGUCAUCUGCGUGAUCCUGAGAGUUCCCAAGAUGAAGACAGUGACCAAUGUGUUUGUCCUAAACUUGACCGUUGUUAAUGGGCUCUUCAUGCUGGUGCUGCCAGCCAGUAUUACUGAGCACAUGCUACAGUGCUGGCCCUUCAGGGAGCCAUCCUGAAAGCUGGUACUGGACACUGACCACAAUAACAUUUUCUCCAGCAUCUAUUUACUGGCUAUAAUGAGUGUGGACCAUUACCUGGUAGUGCUGGCCACUGUGCAAUCCCGCCACCUGCCCAGGUGCACCCAGAGGGGGACAAAGGUCACCAGUUUGUGUCUGCUGAGUGUCACCAUCCUGGUUCUGCCCUUCUUCUCCUUUGCUCACAUCUACAGCAAUGAGCUGCAGGCACCCAGUUGUGGGCUGAGCUUCCUGAGACCUGAGCUGGUCUGGUUCCAAGCCAGCCAUAUCUACAUAUUAGUGCUGGGCUCUGUGGUGCCUGUGUGCACCAUUUGUGUGCUAUAUAUGGACCUGCUGUGCAGGCUGCAUGCCGUGAGGCUCCAGUCUGGUGUCAAGGCUCUGGGAAAGGCAAAGUGGAAAGUGACUGUCCUGGCCCUUGUGGUGUUGACUGUGUGCCUCCUCUGCUGGAUGCUCUUCCACCUAGCUUCUGCCUCUAUAGUGGCCCUGACCACAGACAUGCCCCAGACAUCCCUGGUCAUCAGUAUCUCCUAUGCCAUCACCAGCCUCUGCUAUGCCAACUCAUGCCUCAACCUCUUGCUGUAUGCCUUCCUAGACAACAAUUUCCACAAGAAUUUCCACACCACAGUGUUGCGUCAGAAGGCUUGA